GUUGGAUAUACUGGCUUCUAUUGACCCUAUGUCGGUUCUCUUCAGUGCUUGUUUUACAUGAGCGUUGUUGUUAGGUUUUCAAGAUCUAUACUUUUUACCCCCUGAAAAGUUGUCCACUUGUGUCUUCAAUACUUUGAGGUGAUCUCGACUGUGAACGUUUCAUUUUGUCUUUGCAUAUUCGCUUACACAAGUGUUGUCAUGGCAACGCGUCGUGGCUGCCAUGAACUGCAGCGGCAGCGAAAUGCAUGAAAUUGGAAGAGAAUUGCAAUGUUCUCUAUUGAUUUUUAUUUUCAGAACUAUUAAUAUGCUACAGUUAUUGCAAAUAGAAAUUCAUUACUGAGAUGAUAACUUUAAGUCGCUAUGGUUUUAUGGUGUUUAUACAACUCUUCCUUCUAGCGAUAGAUCUUUGUAUCAAUACCUUUUCAGACUUUGCGUACAAUGAUGCAGUAACCUUGUUGAUAUUGUUCAUAAUCCAGGACGUUCUUCUAGUAUUUGGCGCUAUUACCUUCUUCUUGAGUCUGUUUUCCACAUUUGUCUUCCAGGCUGGCUUUCUGGGAUCCUUAUUCCGCCAGUUUCGUGCUACAGUUUUUAUAUGCGCUACUUACGUUACACUUACGGUAUCAUACCAUAUUUUAGUCGUCAGGUUUCGCUGGCAGCAUAUGUGGAGUCUUCAGUUCCCCAACUGCAUACUGGCGCUUUAUGUGUGUCAGCGAAUUUUGGCUGUAUUUUACUAUUACUUCUACAAGAGAACAGUGUUACGAUUAAGUGACCCACGUUUUUAUGAAGAUUUUGAUGUUUCACUAUAUGAGAAACAGUGAGAAAUUCUUAAUUAAGAUGCUUGUUACAGUUAUAAACAUAAGAUAUUCAGUGGAGUUGUUGUAAGUCUUCAAUGAUAAUAAAUUUUGAAUGUUACUGUGAA